GUCAUGGGAUCAGAGAAACCUCUCUCAGAGAAGGGAGCCAUUGUGAGCCAUGGCAGUUAGAGGCUGGGCUUCUCUUGUCGAAUUGUAAUGCUAUAUAACACAGAGAUCAUCAGAAGAAAAAGGGCUCUUAUUCCUUUCUGAGUGGAACGGGCAUUCUGCGAGACCCUGGGAACAAAGAGGGGACCUGUUUAUGAGCCUUAGGCCUGCUGUGCCAAACAAACAGUGGCACGGCAAAUCAAAAAACUUAGAGGAUUGGAUUUGGAGACAAGAGAACCUGAAUUCAAAUCUCUCCUCAGACAUUUACUAGCCAUAUGACCCCAGACUGGAUAUUGGAGAGCAGACACAAAGUAAAGAUGACGGGAUGCAGAGGAUGGCUGGUGUCUUCAAUCUUGCCAUGAUACUAUAUUGAUAAACAAAUGAUUUUUAUAACCUAUCUGAGGACGCACCUUCCUCCUGUAAUUAGAAGUUUGGUUCUACAGAAGAACUUCAAUGCUAGAAAUAUUUCUAGCAUGUCAGGGGAACCAAAACAGGCAAGUGUGGUGAUCCUGCCCAGAUCCUUCGCUAAGGACUUUGAAAAGUUCUGCCGGGCCAACAAUGGUGCUCUGACCCUACUCUAUAGAAGUGAACCUAGUGAAUGGAAGCUGCCUACUCUGAGUGCUGGCUCUGAUAUCAAAAAUGAUUGCCUAAAGUACAAGAAAUAUGAGUUUGGUUCGUGUACCGAUAACCUGAUGAGUCUAGAAGGUUUUUCAGAACAGCUUAAAGACAUGGUCACCUUCUACUUGGGCUGCAGCAUCUCAUCUAAUGGGGCCAUGAAGAAGGUGGGAAUUCCAGUAAGGAAUAAAGAAAGUCACUGCAACGUGGGCAUAUACAAGACAGCAGUUCCUUGUGCCACUGUUGGCAGCUUUUGCUGUCCUCUAGUGGUUGCCAUGAUACCUAUUCCCAAGGACAAAUUGGAACCAUUUCUACAAGACAUUUACCAAACCGGAGAUGUGCAAAGAGAACCCAUUCACAUUGGCUGCCCAGACCUGUUGGGAAUUGAGGACCUUCACAAACCAGACUAUGGGGAACCAGUGAUGCUUCAGCCAGCAGAUGUCCCAGUAUUUUGGGCCUCAGAGGUGACAGGCCUGGAAGCUGUUAUCAGCUGCAAGUCACCACUGGCUUUUACCAGUGCUCCUGGGUGUCCAGUUGUUAUUGACCAGAAAGAUAAGAGGAUUCAAGUGAGUCAUUCUGGGGAAGUCCCAGAGGUCCAUUGCAUUUCCCAAAAUCCUCUGCACUACAGCAUUACUUCAUCUUCUAGCGUACAGAAAAUUAGAGAGCUAGAGAGCAUAAUUGCCAUAGAUCCAGGAAACCGAGGAAUAAAACAUUUGUUCAACAAAGAUGAGCUACUGAAGGCCUCUCUGUCCCUAUCCCAUGCUCAUUCAGUGCUCAUCACCACUGGGUUCCCUACCCAUUUUUCUCAUGACCCACCCGAAGAGAAUGAUGGUCCCCCAGGAGCCAUUGCCUUAGCUGCCAUUUUGCAAGCUUUGGAAAAGGAGGUUGCCAUUGUGGUUGAUGAGAGAGCCAUGAAUUUGCACAAAAAAAUUAUUGAAGACUCAGUCAAUCAAGGUGUUCUGAAGACAACAAUACCUCUGUUAAGCUAUCAAGGUGGAGACACAAGAUCAGCUCUCAUGUUCCUCUGUAAGGAUGGGGAUCCCAAGUCACCAAGAUUUGAUCACUUAGUGGCUAUAGAGCGCUCAGGAAGGGCUGCUGAUGGCAAUUACUAUAAUGCUCGUAAAAUUAAUAUCAAGCAUCUAGUUGAUCCCAUUGAUGAUCUUUUCCUUGCUGCUCAGAAGAUCCCUGGAAUCUCAUCAACUGGUGUUGGUGAUGGAGGGAAUGAACUUGGAAUGGGAAAAGUCAAAACAGCUGUGAAGAAGCAUAUCAAGAAUGGGGAUGUCAUAGCCUGUGAUGUGGCUGCUGACUUUGCUGUUAUAGCUGGUGUUUCCAACUGGGGAGGCUAUGCUCUGGCCUGUGCACUGUAUUUACUGAACAUGAGUGACAUACAUGGGCGAUACCUACAGAAAGCUGUUGGAUCAGCCGCCACCUCCUCAGGAGCACCACCAGCCUGGGCUCAGGCUCUCCCCUCUGUCAUGAAGGAAGAAAAGAUGUUGCAAAUCCUAAUGAAACACAAAGUGCGGAGUGGAGUAACUGGCGAAGUGGGAAUGGUGGUAGAUGGUUUGCCCUUCCGUGGCAUUCAUGCUGAAAUGAUCCAACAGUUGAUUGAUGUUUCCACCAUGUAAUACACACACACACACACACACACACACUAUAACUGCCAUAAUUCUUUCUAGUUCUCUUCUUACCCCCACCUCAUACAUAUGUGUAUCACCCUAAAGUGGCUGCGCAGUAUUCUUGUCCCAACUUGGAAGAAUUGGGAGAUUGUAAAAGAGAAAACCUAGAACAUGGGUAAGAAUCCAACUCAUGGAGAUGUGCAUUUCACAGGUAACUAGAAAAGGAUGAGAGGGAGGCAUUCCUCUCCUCACCUUCCACUUGUCCAGGAAGUCACAAGACUGGGGAUAUAGAACCUCCCUUCUAGACUAGCUUUGCAAAUUGACUGAUGGUCCAAAAAAACAAAAAAGCGCAAAACCAUGCAUGAUGGUGCCAUGUGGUUUAGCAGGAUAAAGUAGAAAGAACAUUCAAUUAAAAAACCAAAAACAAAUUACUUUCUGUCUUAGUAACAACUCUAAGAUAGCAGGGCAAGGGCUAGGCAAUGGGGGUUAAGUGACUUGCCCAGGGUCACACAGCUGGGAAGUGUCUGAGGCCAGAUUUGAACCCAGGACCUCCCAUCUCCAGGCCUGGUUCUCAAUCCACUGAGUCACCUACCUGCUUCCAAAAGUCCUUAUUUUCAAGCUUCUAUUCCUUUGAGGAAGACAGCUUACAUAAUUCUAAAUAUACACAAAAUGUUCUACAACAUAAUGGGAUGACUCUGGGCAAGUCACUUAACUCCAAUUGCCUGCCUCUUAGAACUUAGAAUUGUCUUCUGCCUUGGAACCAAUAAUUGAUUCAAAGUCAGAUGCUAAAGGUUUAAAAAAACAACAAUAAUAUAAUGGGAUGGGGUGAGGGGAAGCACCAGCAGCUGAGAGCAUCAGGGACAGGCUCAUGUGGGAGGAAGCUUUUGAAUUAAGCUUUGAAGGAAAUCUGGUUUCUAAGAAUCAGAGACAAGGAGGGACACAUUCCAGGAAUGGCCUGCAAUAUGGAUGCUUUAGCUAUUAUAGGCCUAAUACCGAUUGUGAUAAUGGCUUUUCUGAUGACAUCAAUGAAAUGGUUCAUAAAAUUUGCAUACUACUACUGUGGUUAUUUUUAGAAGUGAAAAGUUCAUUUUAAUAGCUCAAGGGCUAGUCAAAUAUAGAAGGUCACUCCAAUUCCCUCCACAUGGGGCAAUAUGUGACCCUGAAAGCAUGAAAUUACCCAGAGCCACCAGCCAGCCAAGUAGUAAUACCAUUGACAUGGUUUUGAUAUUCACGAGAAAUAAAAUCAAUUUCUAAAGA